AUGCUAGAAUUUCUCAAAAGGGGGUUCCAAAAGCCCCCAGCAAAGCUAUACGGCCUCGACCAUGCCGUCCUCAACAUCCAACUCCCACCGCAAUCAAUGUGGAUGAAUAUGGGAUAUUGGGAGCACACAAACGACUUCCCAACAGCAUGUGAAGCCCUCCUAGAGCAAGUUGUCACAACAGCUCUAUCAACAGAGAAUGCAUCCUAUGUGCGGAUCCUAGAUGUUGGAUGCGGAUGCGGUGAUCAAUCUUUGUACCUGCACAGAACUUUAGGAACUUCAUCUCCCACUUCAACAGGCUUUGGCAGCCCAGAUGUACAGGUUUCAAGGCAAGGUCUUCGUUUUCGACAUCCUGGAACAGAGGGUCUACCAUCAUCUCUACCAAAUUUGGAAUCUUACAUCGGAAUAACACUUGAAAAAGCGCAAGCUUCAUUCGGCUCCAGCCGUCUACGAGACCUCCAAAGCGAAAGCUCAACCGCCAACAUUCCAGCAGAGAUAUUCUGCGCCGACGCUGGAAAUCCAAAAUGUUGGACUGGCGACCUGAAAGUAUCAGUCACAGCUCUUGAAACAACCUCGCCCACCCCCGAAUCUUCAACAUGGCUCCUAGCCCUAGACACAAUGUACCAUUUUCGACCAACCCGCCUUCCACUUCUAACAUACGCCCAAAACAACCUUAACGCAAACCUCAUGGCCUUCGAUCUAAUCAUGGCCGAUAACAUCCCCUGGCAUCAAAAUUUAUUGUUGAGGGUUCUGUGCUGGUUAACGAAUACGCCAUUUGGGAAUCUCGUUUCGAGAAGUGAAUAUGUGGACAUGCUACUCUCGGCUGGGUAUGACCGGUCUCAAAUUGAGAUGAGGGAUGUGACUAAAUUUUGCUUUCCGGGAUUGGCAGAUUUCAUUGAGCGAAGGGUUGGGGAGGGUGUAUCGUUUGGUUUGAAGAUGGGGAAAUUUAAGGUUGCUAGAUUGAUGUUUGCUUGGUGGGCUAGGGGGGAUAUUGUGAGGGGUGUCAUUGUUGUUGCGAGGGGCAAGGUGGAGGGAAAUGAGGGAAAAUGA